AGAACGUGUACACUUCUUGUCGGAAAAAGCCGCCACCAAUCGUACUUGGUUAUCGAUAGGCGCCUUGAUAGCGAUCAGCAACAGGAGUCCGCAACUCUGCGCCCUCUCCACUCGUCCGUACGCUUAUUGCUUCUGCGACAUUCCAAGAACUUCAGCUUUUCAUUCAAUUCAUGGCUCCUGGAUGCUUCAAGGCAUUGUGGUGUAUUCGGCGGCCGCCUUCUCCGGGCGGCGAUGCAGCUGUUCCACAAGUUCCCUCUCCCGUUGGAGCAGAUCAGCCCCCAGCCAGUACAGACAUUCACGUCCCUGCACUGACUGAGGUUCUUGUCGAAGCCUCUGACUCUCCCUCAGUCAAUAUUGGGGGUGUUCGUGUUACCACAGCGGUCGAAAACACUCCGCCAGGUUCUCCUGCGGGCCCUAGCCCUAACAACGUGAACAUUCCCGCUCCCGCCCCUGCUCAAGGUUCUCCGUCAAACAGUACGGGUGGUCUUGCUCCUGCACUGAUCGAGGCGCAACCCACGAUUCCACGUUCUCCGGAAGAAAGUGUGGACACUCCUGUUCCCGUACACACAGAAGAAGUACCCACGGGUAAGCGUUGUACUUGUGAAGGGGACAAGCCUAAGAGCAGCAAUGAUCAGUGUCAGCCUCCGCACGCUCUAGGUUUCGCUUGAAUCCUGCGAAAGCUAGAGAGCACAUCGAUCGCAUCAAACGCUUUCGCAUUCUCGUCAUGGGAAGAGCCAAUGCAGGUAAAACAACAAUCUUGCAGAGGGUCUGUAAUACUACGGAUGAACCAGA